AAUAGUACAUAGCCAACUGAAGUAGAAAAUCUUGUACUACCAUAUCCUGUUUACCCAUCUGUCUGCUUAGUGCUUCUAAUUUGUCUGUUUCUUUCUUCAGCCUUUGCUGUAAAUUCACCUCAAAACACAAAAGUGAAACAGUGUUUGAAGAUUAAGGAACGGUCUACAUCUUCAUCAGUAACCUUAAAUGGAAGAUAAGAGACUUUCAAUAUCCAACCAUGAUGCUAAAGAGGGCAUAGAUAGUAACUUAGAGAUUCUAGUCUAGUGCUGCUAUGUUUGGAUGAGAUAGAACAGUGGCAGAAACACCACCUCAUCAUGUCAAGCAAUGCAUUAACUCUUUUUAUCUUGUUUCUUAAUAUUUCCAUGUGUCCAUCCAUCUCUGUAGCUCUGAACCAGGAAGGCCUCUCUCUACUUUCAUGGCUUUCAAGCUUCAACUCCUCCAACUCCGCUACGGCCUUCUCUUCAUGGGAUCCAACAAACAAAGAUCCUUGCACAUGGGACUACAUAACAUGUUCCAAAGAAGGGUAUGUGUCAGAGAUCAUAAUAACAUCCAUUGAUCUACGUAGCGGCUUCCCCUCACGGCUCAAUUCUUUUUACCACCUCACCACUCUUAUCAUCUCAAAUGGAAAUCUCACUGGUCAGAUUCCAAGUUCAGUGGGAAACUUGUCCUCUUUGGUCACUUUGGACCUUAGCUUCAAUGCUUUAUCAGGAAGUAUUCCGGAAGAAAUAGGAAAGCUAUCUAAUCUGCAGUUGUUGCUGCUGAAUUCAAAUUCCUUGCAGGGUGGAAUUCCAACCACAAUUGGAAACUGUUCAAGGCUUCGGCAUGUGGCGCUUUUCGACAACCAGAUCUCUGGAAUGAUACCUGGAGAAAUAGGCCAGUUGAGGGCUCUUGAAACACUAAGAGCAGGAGGAAAUCCAGGUAUUCAUGGAGAAAUCCCAAUGCAGAUAUCAGACUGCAAGGCCCUUGUUUUUCUGGGACUUGCGGUUACUGGGGUUUCCGGGGAGAUUCCACCAAGUAUAGGAGAGCUUAAGAAUCUCAAGACAAUUUCUGUCUACACAGCACACCUCACAGGUCAUAUCCCAGCAGAGAUUCAGAACUGCUCAGCCUUGGAGGAUUUGUUUCUGUAUGAAAACCAGCUUUCUGGAAGUAUUCCUUAUGAAUUAGGCUCCAUGCAAAGCCUCAGGAGGGUGUUGCUGUGGAAGAACAAUUUAACUGGCACCAUUCCAGAGAGUCUUGGGAACUGUACAAAUCUCAAGGUUAUAGAUUUCUCUUUGAAUUCUCUGCGGGGUCAGAUACCUGUGACUCUCAGUAGUCUACUCUUGUUGGAGGAGUUUCUUUUGUCUGAUAAUAAUAUUUAUGGAGAAAUACCUUCCUAUAUUGGCAACUUUUCCAGGCUGAAGCAAAUAGAAUUGGAUAACAACAAAUUCUCUGGGGAGAUUCCACCUGUUAUAGGGCAACUGAAGGAACUCACACUCUUCUAUGCCUGGCAGAAUCAACUGAAUGGAAGUAUACCAACAGAACUAUCCAACUGUGAGAAACUUGAAGCACUCGAUCUUUCGCACAAUUUCCUUACUGGUUCCAUUCCAAGUUCACUCUUUCAUCUAGGGAACUUGACUCAGUUGUUGCUGAUAUCAAACAGACUUUCAGGUCAAAUUCCAGCAGAUAUUGGAAGUUGCACCAGCUUGAUCAGGUUACGGCUGGGAUCGAACAACUUUACCGGUCAAAUUCCAUCAGAAAUAGGUCUUUUAAGCAGUCUGACCUUUCUUGAGUUGUCAAAUAAUCUAUUCAGUGGAGAUAUUCCCUUUGAGAUAGGUAACUGUGCUCAUCUAGAAUUGCUUGACUUGCACAGCAAUGUGCUGCAAGGAACCAUUCCUUCCUCGUUGAAAUUCCUAGUUGAUCUUAAUGUCUUAGAUCUUUCUGCAAACAGAAUAACUGGAAGCAUUCCUGAGAAUUUGGGCAAGCUUACAUCUCUAAAUAAGUUGAUUCUGAGUGGAAACCUUAUCUCUGGUGUGAUCCCUGGGACACUGGGGCCGUGUAAGGCUUUGCAGUUGCUGGAUAUAAGUAACAAUAGGAUCACUGGUUCUAUUCCUGAUGAGAUUGGUUAUUUGCAAGGAUUAGAUAUCCUCUUGAACUUGAGUUGGAAUUCUCUUACUGGCCCCAUUCCCGAGACCUUCUCAAAUCUCUCAAAACUAUCCAUCUUGGAUCUCUCUCACAACAAGCUCACAGGUACACUCACAGUACUGGUUAGUCUUGACAAUCUUGUGUCUCUAAAUGUCUCCUACAAUGGUUUUUCUGGUUCUCUUCCUGAUACGAAGUUCUUCCGGGAUAUACCUGCUGCUGCAUUUGCUGGUAACCCUGACCUUUGCAUUAGCAAGUGCCAUGCAAGUGAAAAUGGUCAAGGCUUCAAGUCAAUAAGAAAUGUUAUUAUCUAUACUUUCCUUGGGGUGGUUUUAAUUUCUGUUUUUGUCACUUUUGGAGUAAUUUUAACUCUCAGGAUUCAAGGGGGAAAUUUUGGAAGGAAUUUUGAUGGAAGUGGUGAAAUGGAAUGGGCUUUCACUCCAUUCCAAAAACUCAACUUCUCCAUCAAUGACAUUUUGACGAAGUUGUCAGAAUCAAACAUUGUGGGAAAGGGUUGCUCGGGAAUUGUUUAUCGUGUGGAGACUCCAAUGAAGCAGACUAUUGCAGUGAAGAAGCUAUGGCCAAUAAAGAAAGAAGAGCCACCAGAGAGAGAUCUCUUUACUGCAGAAGUUCAGACCCUUGGAUCAAUAAGACAUAAGAAUAUAGUAAGACUUUUAGGAUGCUGUGACAAUGGAAGAACUAGAUUGCUAUUAUUUGAUUAUAUAUGCAACGGGAGUUUGUUCGGAUUACUCCAUGAAAAUAGAUUGUUCUUGGAUUGGGAUGCAAGGUAUAAGAUCAUACUGGGAGUAGCUCAUGGUCUAGAAUAUCUUCAUCAUGAUUGUAUCCCUCCAAUUGUCCAUAGGGACAUUAAAGCUAACAACAUCUUGGUAGGUCCACAAUUUGAAGCUUUCCUUGCAGAUUUUGGCCUUGCAAAACUCGUGAGUUCCUCAGAGUGUUCAGGAGCAUCUCAUACAAUUGCAGGUUCUUAUGGAUACAUAGCUCCUGAAUAUGGAUACAGUUUAAGGAUCACAGAAAAGAGUGAUGUGUACAGCUAUGGUGUUGUGCUCCUUGAGGUCUUAACGGGGAUGGAACCAACUGAUAACAGGAUUCCAGAGGGUGCCCACAUUGCCACAUGGGUUAGCGACGAAAUCCGAGAGAAGAGAAGAGAAUUUACAUCUAUCCUUGACCAGCAACUAGUAUUGCAGAGUGGAACAAAAACCUCUGAGAUGCUUCAGGUUCUAGGAGUGGCUCUCCUAUGUGUGAAUCCCUCCCCGGAAGAACGACCUACUAUGAAAGAUGUAACUGCAAUGCUCAAGGAGAUCAGGCAUGAAAAUGAUGAUUUCGAGAAACCAAAUUUUCUCCAUAAAAGCGUGGUUACCACCAAUCCAAAAGCAGCAGUUCACUGUUCAAGUUUCUCCAGAUCAUGUGAACCUUUAAUAAUAGAAUCAACAUCUUCUUCUGUAUAGCCACCAUUUCGAUUACUAGAUUUGUUUUCUUUUUUCAAGUGACAAAUUAUUUGUGUAGAUUAGUAUACAUAUGGAUUUGGAUCAUUUUCUGUACGAGAUAUGGUCCUGUUAGAGAGGGUAAGGCACAAAUACAAUUAGUGGAACUACACUAAUCAUGGUGAGUUAUUGUUUAAUAAAAGUAUGUCUUUCUCUCUUUAA